UUCAGUGUAACAACGUUUGUCCGGUAGAAAUAGCGACUGAUUCUUUUAAAUAAAAUAUUUCUCAAAUAAAUUGGAAUUAUAAUGUAGAAGCGAGAAGUUGAGGUUAUUUUGCCUAAAUUUUAAUGACUGCAUGAUCAUGUCAAGUGAAAACCGUGAAGGAGUUAUAACACGGAGAGCUCUGCGGACGCCUAAGUGCGCUCGCUGCAGGAACCAUGGAGUGAUUUCCUGUCUGAAGGGUCAUAAACGUUUGUGCCGCUGGCGUGACUGUCGAUGUCCAGGAUGUCUUCUGGUUUUAGAAAGACAACGGGUUAUGGCUGCUCAGGUGGCUCUACGCCGGCAGCAAAGCGCAGGACGCACGGCUCGCGAGGGUGAGGCGGCUGCGUUGGCGGCGCGAAAGAGAGCUUAUCGAGCUCGUCUACGUUGCGUACAAAUGUCUCGUAACUUUCCCGUGCAGCAUGCAGACAUAGGUAACUACCAGCCAACCGCCACUGAAGACGCAUGGUCCGAACGUGUUCGUAAACGUCGUGCUUUUGCGGAUGCAGCUCUCGAGGCGGACUUGCCACAGUCGUUCCCAGAACCGCCACAUGCGGCAAUUUUUUGCAGACAUCUUCUAGCGGCUUUACUCACGAACUAUACGCCUACUCAGCCUCCACGGCCGAAGAUAUCUUUUUCUAUCGAAUCUAUUAUUGGUGUGCAAUAAAUGGAGAGCAGAUAUUAACUACUUUUUGCGUUUAUCGAGAUAAUUUAAGAAAUAAUUUAUAUGUUUAAAUAAC